AUGAUUUCAAUCAAAGGUGGUUGGAUCGGGGCGUUGGUCGACACUUCGGAGAACGUGAAGCACUACUACAAUAUUUUUAUUGCCGUUGUGUUCUUCUUUGUGGCCCAAUUACUCAUAUGCGCCUGGAACCAGCCGUUUUGGUCCGCUGGCCUGGAGUUCCCGGGCCAGAUCGUCGCCAUGGUGUUCGUGUGGCUCACCAUAUGGGCACUCCAAUUGCUUCUUUACGACCCCGGCCAGGGGCUCGACAAAUUCUAUCGCAGGUUUCUCAGAGCUCCGACGGAAAUCCUGAACAAGCACAUGUCUAUUGGCUUUACAGUGCCAUUCCUGAAUCUUAUUGGCCACUCAGUUGCGAACAACAACCAAGUUGGUCUGCUCGUAGCAGCAUUCGUUGUGACGGGCGUACUGAACUCGAUGUUGGUUUACGUCGUUGCAUGCCACGUGCAACUGGCAGCCACAAAGAUAGCACGUUGCCUGCGGUGCAGCCCUGUGCCGGAUAUCGAGGCAGCACGAACGCAAACAUACAUUUCUGGCCAUGACCCCCCGCAGAUGAAUUUCCGAACCGAAGCCCCGCGUCACGGCGGUGGAUCGACCCAUUCGGAUUUGGGCCGCAUUGCAGAGGAAGACAGACGACGCCAGCGUUCCCGGAAGCACAUCAGUGAUACAUCGACGCUGUGUACCAUGUCUGGUGACAUGAAUGAGUUGAAUGGUCCGGAAACGGCUCACAACGGGCAGCCGAGAAGUGUGAAAAAAGUUCAAGAUGGUCACUGCCGGCCUGGUGACGGCCAACAGCAAUUACGGGGCGGUCACAGGGCACCAAACAUAGCUACGGAGAGGGCGGCACUAUCCCCUUCGCCGUUCAACGCAGUCUUCGCCGUGGUUUUCAUAUGGCUUUCACAGAACAUUCUUCUGACAAUCUCUCUGCUAUCCCUGCUCCUUGUGGGCUUGCCUGUUUCCUUCCUGCAACGAAACGACAUCUACACCGACAUGAGCUUUCUCUUCACGAUCUGGCUGACCUUCAGCUCCGCUCAGCUGCGGACGAAACAGCUGGCAAGCCAGGGUCACAAUCGCAGAAGAGCGCUCACAGCUGCUGCUACCCUUCUCAACCCGGUGCUCUGGACCUCGCUGUCCCUCGUCUGCUACGGGAUUACAAAGUCCAGCAUACGCCACCAGUCAAGCGCUGCCGUGAUCGCAGGGUUUAGCACGAAGAACACGGUCUCAGACAUAAUCGCCAACCACGUCAACAUCCGACCCACGGCAGCCGGCGACGACGAAUUCCGGCCGGGUUCCGUCCCCAUCGGCGCGGGAGACGUGGCGACAUCCAUCCUCAACGCAGGCAUCGUGUCAUGGGGGCUCAAGCUGUUCGAGUACAGGCACCAGAUCGUGUCUUCGGGCGGGCUCACCGUGGUGGUCACUUGUCUCCUGGCCUCGGUCCUCAACAUCGUGGCCUGGCCCACGCUGGCCCACGCCCUCGGCGUCGUCCCGGCCUCGUGGAGCCUCAGCUUUGCAGCGAGGAGCGCCACCAUCGCGCUGGGCGGGCCGGCGAUGAAGAGCCUGGGUGGCGACGCUGGGAUCAACGCCGUGGGCGUGGUGGUCAAUGGGAUCUGUUUCCAGCUUGUUGCUGGGUUCUUGGCACCGGGCCACAUUUUCGCCGCAGGGGCUGGGAGAUCCGAAGAAGCACCCAUACAUAACGGCUGGACCGGGUUUGUCUGGAACGACAGGGCCCACGAGCAUCAUGAACUGGAUUCAUUGGCACCAACUCCAGUUCGCGGCGAGGUUGCAGGCAUUGUUCAAAGGGACGAGGAGCCCCAGCCCAGCAGUGACCGAGAUGUCAGGUACAGCUCCGAUGCGACGCACAUCGGCGAGCGGAGGCCGGAGGACGAGGACGAUGCAGCCCCAUGGGGACCAACCGGCGUCACGUUGAAGAACAAUGACCACAGCACGGGCGCCAACAUGGAUUCUCAGCCGACACACAGCGACGACCAAGCACAAGCGCACGGAGAUGUCAGCCCUGACGCCUUGUCCGUCGUGCCCACCGUGGCCGCCGGCGUGACCGUUGGGAUCAACGCCGCGGCUAUGGGGACGGCCCAUCUGUACGAGCAAAACAGCCGCGCUGCGCCAUACUCUGCGCUGUCGAUGACCAUGUUUGGGGUGUUCACGGUCUUGUUCACCAUCCGGGGCCCAUUGACCGAGUGGCUGGUGAGGACAGUCGGCGGCGAAGAAGCGCAGGCGGUGAUGAUGUUAUGA